AUGGGUUACGACUGUUCGCGUUUCACGGAUGAGAUAUCGGAAGAGCUGUUGUGCUCGAUAUGCAGCGAAGUGCUGGAGGAGGCGCUGACCACGGAUUGCGAGCACCUGUUCUGUCGCCAGUGUAUCACCGAAUGGCUGUCAGUGAACCGGACGUGUCCUAUAGACCGGCUCUACAUCACUGCCCGCAACCUGAAGGCCGCGCCGCGUGUUGUCCGCAAUCUGUUGGGAAAGCUGGACAUCCGCUGCGACUUCGCGCCCGACGGCUGCCAAACGGUGGUGGCGUUGGAAGCGCUCGAAAAGCAUGUCAACGACUGUUACUAUAACCCGAAGAAGCGCUUGUGUUGUCAGAAGGGAUGCGACAAAUGGAUGACACGGGAAGAGCUGAAGACACAUAACUGUUGGAAUGAUAUCCGCAAAGAUAUGUUACGACAGGAGCGGGAGAUCGUGGACCUGAAGCGGUGGCGAAACGCCCUCUUCUUCGCCAUAGCGUUGUUAUUGUUGUAUAUCUUGUGUCCGACUCUACUCUUCAGCUUUUAUUUCGAAAAUCUCUUCAUUUUCGAGUCAAACAAAUGA